ACAUAUUGCGAGGAGAUAAUGCGUUGUAGCAUGUAAUGCAUAUUGAACGGAAAUGCUACAUACAAAGUACACGUACAAACGCGUGUGGGUUGUUGUCAGCUACACAAAGGGCGUUAUUGCUUGCUUUUGCUGAAAGGUCAAAUCAACCGUUUUAGGCCGUGGAUUGCAUCUUUGCCACCAAAAGAUGAAUCCUCAGCAUAUUCAUCAGAACAUGGGCUACUUGCCCCUGCUAGCUGAAGAGGGCUUGAAGGUGGUCAACAGCUACACGGGCAGUGUCCACCUCCCACCCGACGACUACCACCAGCCCCAGACCUCUAGCCAGCAGCACUACAUGCCUCAUUACCAGGUCCAGGGAGAUGGAUAUCAUCACCACCACCUCCAUCACCAUGAGCGGAUGCAAGGAAUGUACAUAGGACCACCUGGGCUAGGAGGAGGAGGGGGAGGAGGGGGAGGCAGCAGCAGCAGUGGUGGGGAUGAAAUCAACCUCCAUAGCUUUGAUGAUAACAGAGGAGGUCUGGUGACCUUUAACCAGCCACAGUACCUCCCAAAGAGCUCUGCCCCACUCCCAGCAGAGCCCAAACCGAAGGAAAGGUCCAAGAAAAGCAAAGGCGGGCCACCGAAGAAGAGAGCUCGAGAUCCUGCCUCCUGGAAGAGGAAUACAAACAAGAGGUUGCGUAAUUCCGGACAGCCGUACAUCAAUUCUAAUGGAUGCAUCAUGCCAGCUAGGAAGAUGAAGGAGCCGUGUAAGAACUGCAGGCAGCGAUGCACUGAGAGAUUCAACGAAGAGCAGAGGCAGGAGAUCUUUGAUGGUUAUUGGGAUACUAACAAGGACUGGACAUUCAGAAGAAUGUACAUCAUCGAGCAUGCUGUGCCCCAACCGAUUCAGAGAAGGAGGUCCAAGAAAGAAAUGGAUCAGAAAGCUCGCAGGAUCAGUUUUCAUUACCAUUUGACUUGUGAUGGCAUCAUGGAAAAGGUCUGCAAGAGAUUCUUUCUCAACACACUUGCGGUUGGAGAGAAGUUUGUCAUCAUAUCACUGCAUAAAAAGACGAUGGAUGGGAAAGUGAUACCUGAUAGACGAGGUCGGCAUCCAGCUGCUAACCAAAUCCCCUACCAACUGAAACAAGAGGCGAGGAGACAUAUUCAGGCGCAUCUCUUGAACAGACCACAGGAGCAGGUUAGCCUUCCCAAGAUGUACGAUUCCUACGUUCAGGAGUGCGAGAUGCAUCAAGGACCAUCGGUGAAGAAGCACUUCUAUCGAAAGCUGAUGAAUGAGGAGCUGAGGAUAUCGCAGCAGAGGUUGGAUGGACCAGGUGAUCCGCGGAAUGAAGAGCGCCCUUUGGACUACACCCCUGCACCUCAGGUCAGUGCUCUUGAGUGCCUCAUCAAAGAGCUCUGGCAGAAGGAACAGGAGCGCAUCCGCAAUACAAAGCCAAAAUGCAGCCUGAAAGACAAGUUAAGGGAGUACCAUGCCUUGAGAUUUGGGGGAAAGGAGUAUGUGAACUUCAAAGGACAAGUCAGGCCAUCAAGGAAGAUGAAGGAACCCUGUGAGAACUGCCAGAAAACUUGCACAGAGCGUAUCACAGAAGAGCAAAGACAAAACCUCUUUGACUACUUCUGGGAUCCUAAUAAAGACUGGACCGAUAAGAAGAAGUAUGUCCUUAGCUGCACUGAGUCAAGGCCUGUUGUCAACUCUAGGAUAAGAAUGAAGAGGUCUAGGGCAGCCACCAGGUUCAACAAACCUCAGAGAUUCACAUAUUUCUUUGAGGUGGAUGAUAAGAAAGUGUCUGUAUGCCGCAAGUAUUUUGUUAACACCCUGGGCCUCAGUCACAACUUCAUAGCCUCUUGCAUUGCAAAGCAAGACGAAAAUGGGGAGUUUGAUCCAGCCAAGACAAAGAAGUGUGGGACCCUUGCCAAGUUACCCCCUGCUGCAGCCAAAGAGAUCAGACAGCACAUCAUCUACAACUGCUGGGCUGAUCCGAAUAAGGGCAGAGAGUAUCAAACACAUUCUUCAACCAGAGGCUGGUCUUGGAACGUCUCCAAGAUGUACAGUGCUUAUCGCCAGUGCUGUUGGCUGCGAGGUACAAAGCCAGCAAGCACUUACAUGUACAGGAGGGUAUUUUGCGAGGAGAUGAAAAUCUUUGAGGAAAGUAAGAUGUUGACAGCUAGCACUCCAAGUUCAUCAACCAGGCAGGCUGGGAAGAAACAGGCAGACAGUAAGUCUGGGAAGGUGAGCACAAACACAGCCGGUUCUUCAAAACAAGCAGCUGUUGAGGAAUCCUUUGGGACCACUUCUUCUGCAGAUACUUCAAGGAGUGAGAGGCAGGAGACUGAAGACGAUGAGAUGCACAAUGAAUCUGUGGUUAAGGAUAAAGAGUAUAGACCAUCGAGUGAAGAAGAUGAUGAUGAGGAGGAGGAUGCUGAUGAUGAUUACACAACUCCAACAAAGAAGGCUCUGGUAGCUGCUGACCCUCAAUGCUCUGGUCUUUUGGCACCCCCAGAACAGAUGCCAGUUUCUGACGAUGAUGAUGAAGAUGAUGAAGAAGAGGAGGAUGAUGAGGAUGAUGAACGGCUGGAAGAUGUUCCAUCAACCUCUGGACAUAUUGGUCAUCCCAAGCCAAGGCAUCGCACCUGGGACACAUCAGACAUGCGAUGUGCCGGUCAGACCUACGUCAACGACAAAGGCAACGUCAUCCCAGCCCGCAAGAUCAAGGAGCCUUGCACGAACUGUCGCAAACAAUGCUUGGAACGUGUGCCUCAGGAGUUGCGGGAAAAGAUCUUCAAUAUGUUCUGGAGCAAGGAAAUGACAUGGGAGAAGAAGCGUCAGUACAUCGAGGACUGCAUCGAAGAGAAUGCCGUCAAGAAGCGUACGCUCCCAGCCUCUCAGUUGAAGCUGAAUCGCAAGGUGCACAUGAAGUACACCCUCAAGUUAGGCAACUGGCAAGAGAACGUGUGCAAACUUUUCUUCAUGAACACGCUAGGAAUCAGCCAGAAGUUUGCCAUUGUAUCUCUCAGAAAGCAGAAAGAACGACUUCUCCAAGAUGUCGAGAUACCAUCGUUUGAUCCCCCUGAGUCAAUCCCCCUGCCUGACCCAGCUCCUCUUACUCCGGUGCCAGGUGUACCAACAACCCCUGCACCUUUGGAGAAUGCAGAUAACAGUCUUAGAGAUGUUCUCUCUCAUCUGCUCCUUAUUCCUACAUCCAAUAUGUCUUAAGCAUAAAAUCUUCUUCCAAACAUGCUCCCAGAAAGACUUUUAUUAUCCACGAUUCCAGAAAUUUAACAUUAUUGACAGACCUUUAAGUUGAAAACUUCCCUUUUUAUCAAGAUUUCAAGGUAGUCAUGCUAUUUUGGACCGAUGGAAAAUUCUCUUGGAUGUGCUUUAUGGAAUUGUUAUAAUGAAUAAUCACAUAUAUCGUCAGUCUCCUCGAUGUUAUUAGUCAUUAGGUGAUUAGAAGUUCAUUCACGUGAAUCGACUACUAACAAGGUAUCUUAUGUACAGUCUAACCAGUCUGCACUACAAGUUACCAAAAUGAAACUUAUGAGGCCAAGAUUUAAAAAGAAAUCGACUUUAAAUUCGCCAGUAUGCUGUGAUAGCAAAACAAGUUUCUGAAUGUGUACCAAUUAGAGAUCGAAGAUGGUAAAGUCUUGUUCACAUCUGAUGCAGAAAGCCGCAUCAUUUUUUUUUCUUGGUGUAAAAAAACAGCAACACCUUGGUGUGUGUUACAAUGCAGAAAUGUUAAGCAAAAAGCAGGUUUUUGUUUCUUCAUAUUGACGUAAAGAGUAAUUCAUUUAAUUUGUUUGUAUCUUAUAAGACAGAGCUCAGUAAAUACACCCAAGUCCUUUGCUACGCAUAGAUGCAAUUCAUUUACAUAUAUUAAACAAAAGCAGUAGCUUUUUUUUUUUUGCAGCGGUUUACUGUGCCAUAUCUGAACAAGCCCAGGUGGUGUACCACAGCGUACCGUAUGUGAACGAAGCUUAAGACUAAUAUUGAGACAUCAAUUUUGAUGUACUUGUACAGUAACUCCAGGUGUAGACCUACUAUGAUACUUGAUACAGGAAAAACAACUUCAGGGAGUGGAACAGUUGUCGCAUCACUUUAUCUCUACUCUAGCAUUCUACAUUCAAAAUGCUAGGUAUUCAACAGAGUGGAAAACUGUUCAUGUAUUACAUUGUAGAAGCAAUGUAUUAUGAUAUCAUCUUAAUGUAAGAGACAGUUAGUGACAUUUGUUGGGGGAAAAUUAUGUUGUUGUUUGUUUUUGUUUGUUUGUUUGUUUGUUGUUGUUUUUUUUUGGGGGGGGGAGGGUUUGGUGAAAUUUUGUAGACAAAUAUUAAAAAUUGACAAGUAUUUUCCACCUCCUGAAGUUGUUUUUCCUGUAUUGAAUAGCAAUAGGUAAAUAGAUGAACAUAUAAUGUGUUUUUUUUUAAUGAAAAAUUUGGGUCUUAUGGUUUUAUCACCAAGUAAUAUUUUAUCAGCAAAACAAAAUGUGUUUUCAUUUAAUUCUACUUCCAUAUGGGCCCCACCACAGAUGACGAAUGUAAAUAAUCUUGAAAUAAUUGUAUAGACAUUUCUGAGACACAUUUAUCUGAAUUUAAUUUUUUUUAAAUAAAUCUUCAUUUUUGUGGGCUCUGAAAUAAAAAGAAUUUAAGGUCCUUUGUUUGGCAUAAAAAGAUGUAAUGACAGUAUUGUAAAUAGGAAAAUUGUUGUGUCAAUUAUGAAUCAUCUGUGAUAUUGCCAAAUUUUAUUUCUCUUGCCCUAUAUGUGUAUAAAUGAAAAGCUGCAACGAUCUUAAA